AUGCGUGCCAAAAGAAAAGAAGCUGUGAAGGCCAAGAGCUCUCAUGGUCAACCAGGACCUUCCAGCGAAAGAAGAGGAUCAUAUGGGAGAAGAACAAAAAAGAAAGCGGAGAGAGAACAAGGUAUACAACCAGUAAAGAAGAAGCGGAGAACACGGUCUUCGGAAGAAACACCAUCUCCAGAGAGAAAAGUGGUGGUGACUGCAAGCCAAAGAGCAAAGUGGCAGCCACUUCCAGAGAGCGUUAGAGCGCACCUGGAAUCCGUAAUGCAUGGGGUAAUAUUAUCUAUUAUUUACGAAAAUCCCCAAAACCAAGGGCAAAUUGAAAAGCACUUAAACCACGUCAAGGAAAGGCUUCUGAAACACUUUGUGACUCUGAGAGUUCCUGUGGAGAAGCAAAGUAUCCUGAGGAGUUUGAAGAAGCUUCAGGCCGAGGAAGAAGAUAAGAUUGCAGCAGUUGAAGCAGGCUUGGAAGAGCUGCAGGACGCAAUUGACAAAUUGGUGGAAGAAGCAGAGCUCAGGCAUGAAGAAACCACGAGUCUUCAGAAUGAAGUGGAGGCGUUAAAACGUGAGCUGGCCGCAGAAGAAGAGAUGAUGAGUGAGCUAUUUUCGAAAGAAAGCAAUGACGUUCUUGCUCUUCCUAAACUCCAGAAUGAGAGCCUAGAAGCACCUCUUCUUCAGGAGCUGAUAUUGAAGAUCCCAAACCAAGAAGGUGUCCUUAAUGACUUGAACAAAAUUCAGCAGUCAAAGGAGAUGAAGGCUAUGUUGGAUUCUCUUGAACAAGCCUAUGGAAACAUGGAUGAAUAUGAAAGAACGGAAUAA